GAGAUAUGGGGGAAGCCCUUUAUUUCUCCUCUCCUCCCAAUCUCACCAAGAAAAAAAAGUCGCAGCAUUCCGAGAAAAAAGAGGAUUUUCCGGGAGAGAAGGGAAAAAGUCGGAAACUUUGCAUCUGGGCUAGUCGACUCGAGCGGGUAUGGCAGUAGAAUCGCAGUUCCAUGUCAAAGUCGAAAACUGCAGCGUAAAGCAAAGAGGUUGAUCCAGAAGUCGCGGUGCCAAGGUGAAGUCAGAAAAUUUUCUCGGCAUCCAAACAGAGAAAAGGGAGAAAUGAAAAAGAAAAGCUGAGAACUUUAGAAAUGGGCUGUCUUUGAGACAGUGAAGAAGAUCCAAGACUUUGUUCGUCUAUGCAGUUAGUUACGAAGAACGUGGAUGGAUUUUGAUCCAAUGGACAUUGGAAUGUUGAAUCUUCUUUCGUAUGGAAUGGCGUUGGGAACUUGGGACAUAGAGAGAGAAGAGGGGGUACUGUUUUCUAUCUGGAAAUAAAGGGGUCAUUACAACAUCAAUAAGGAAUGUGAGGGCUAAACUGUUAAAAUAUCAAAUUUAAAGGGAAUGUUGAAUGGCACUUGUGGUGCUUUUCUUAAUGAUGUUGAAGAUUUCCCCCGCUUAAACCCUAAAACCCUGCUUGCUGCAUCAAUGGCGAUCGCUCGUUUCAGAGGCUUUCUCAGUAAAGUCGACGACUUCCAUGGCGUCCGAAACAUUUUCUCCUGUUCUUUAAAGACGGAGUUUCGCGGCCGGAGACAACCGCGAGAUGAAGCGACAAGAUUGCUCUUCGAGAGAAUCUCGCCGAUCGGAGAUCCGACGGCUUCUAUGGUCCCGGUUCUCGACCAAUGGGUCAAAGAAGGGAACGAGGUGAACAAAUCCCAGCUUACGAACAUCAUCAAGGAUCUGAGAUCCUUCAAAAGAUACUCUCACGCUCUUCAAAUAUCAAUGUGGAUGAGCGAGAAAAGGUACAUCGAACUCACUUCAAGCGAUAUUUCAGUCAGGUUGGAUUUGGUGUCAAAAAUUCACGGCAUCGAAGAAGCAGAAAGCCACUUUAACAAUGUUCCGGUGCACCAAAGAAGCCUCGAGGUUUAUGGUGCUCUUCUUAAUUGCUAUGCUAAUGCAAAAUGUGUUGAAAAGGCUGAAGGUUUGAUGGAUAAGAUGAGGGAUUUGGGUUUUGCCAGGGGAUCUCUGGUGUAUUCUGUUUUACUUGGCCUUUACCAGCAGACAGGUAACUAUGGGAAGAUGGAGAAUUUGGUUGAGGAGAUGGAAGAAAAGCGUAUCCGACUCAAUUCUCAUGCAUAUUGCAUCCUUCUAAAUGCCUACCGGACUAAAUCUGACACUUCUAAAAUCGAUGAGGUAUUGAAGAAAGCUGAAUCUGAUGAUGUUUAUGGAAAGCACUGGUCUGUUUAUUCCAAUGCAGCACAUGGGUACCUUGAAGCUGGCCUUGUGGACAAGGCUGUAACAACAUUGAGAUAUGCUGAGGAAUUCAUAACCGGUGACAGAAGAAAUCAUUUGGCUUAUGAGUUCCUGAUGACGCAGUAUGCAAAAGCUGGAAAGAGGGAUGAUGUUCUGCGGGUCUGGAAGAUCUACAAUAAGAAAAAAAGGGUACUAAAUAAAGGUUAUAUCAGCUUUAUAUCCUCUUUGUUGAGACUUGACGACAUAGAAAGUGCCGAGCAGGUUUUCGAUGAGUGGAAAGUCAAAGGAUUGUCCUUGGACAUUCGAAUUCCAAAUCUUUUGAUCAAACAUUACUGCAAGAAGGAUCUCCUAGAGAAGGCCAAAGCUGUGAUAGAAGAGAUCAUUUCAAAAGGUGUGAAGCCCAAUGAACAAACAUGGUUAUACCUCGCGAGCUGUUAUCUUGAGGAGGGUAGAUCUCAAGAAGCUGUGGAAGCGAUGAAGAAAUCUCUCAGGGAGGCAACCUCCAUUGAUAUCUCUGAGUGGACACACUACAACGAUGUCUUGGAAGCUUGUUUGAAGUUCUUGAAGGAGGAAGGAAACAUCAAGGAAGCAGAGGAAUUUGUUCAGUUACUUGAACAACAAGGUAAUGCUUCUCCAGUUGUUUCUCAGAGGUUUUUGCAAUAUGUGACUGGAGAAAAUCCAAAACCUGAGGAGCAGUGACUUAGAAAAGCCGAUCAGAGGUUGUAUUUGCUAGGGUUAGUAAAUUUUUAAGAGCAAUGAGAUGGUUUUACUCUUGUGAGAAGAGUUCCAAGAUUUGAGAAUAUUUUGAUAUUGAUCACCUGUUUGUAGAAUUUUCAAGUUUGCUUGCAGACAAGGGUAUUGUUCCUCCCCUUGUUGUUUGUUUCAGGAGAUAUAUAUAUAUGUAUAUAUAUAUAUAUUUGCAAACUGUGAAAUUAUAU